AUGUCCAAGAAGGUCAAGUCCACCCCUAAGGUUCAGGAGAACAUCUCGCUCGGCCCCCAGGUCCGCGGUGACGAGGAGGUCUUUGGUGUUGCCCACAUCUUCGCCUCCUUCAACGAUACCUUCGUCCACGUUACCGAUUUGACCGGCCGUGAGACCAUCUCCCGUGUCACCGGAGGUAUGAAGGUCAAGGCCGAUCGUGAUGAGGCCUCCCCCUACGCUGCUAUGUUGGCUGCUCAGGAUGUCGCUGCCAAGUGCAAGGAAGUCGGUGUCACUGCCCUCCACAUCAAGCUCCGUGCCACCGGUGGUAACCGCUCCAAGACUCCCGGUCCCGGUGCCCAGUCUGCCCUCCGUGCCUUGGCUCGUGCCGGCAUGAAGAUCGGACGUAUUGAGGAUGUCACCCCCACCCCCACCGACUCUACCCGCAAGAAGGGUGGUCGUCGUGGUCGUCGUUUGUAA